ACAGUUUUUUGAAGAAGCAGGAUGCUGAUCUAGAUGUGGAAAAAGACCACCCCAGCAGCGGUAUUAGAAGACAUGUGGUGUAUAUAAAGUUUGUGAUAGUUGGGGGAAAUUUUGGAACUUAGAUAAUGGGCUGUGUGCAAUGUAAGGAUAAAGAAGCAACAAAACUGACAGAGGAGAGGGACGGCAGCCUGAACCAGAGCUCCGGGUACCGCUAUGGCACAGACCCCACUCCUCAGCACUACCCCAGCUUCGGCGUGACCUCCAUCCCAAACUACAACAACUUCCACGCAGCCGGAGGCCAAGGACUCACCGUCUUUGGGGGCGUGAACUCUUCGUCUCAUACUGGGACCUUGCGUACGAGAGGAGGGACAGGAGUGACCCUGUUUGUGGCCCUUUACGAUUAUGAAGCGAGGACGGAAGAUGACCUGAGUUUUCACAAAGGAGAGAAAUUUCAGAUAUUGAACAGCUCGGAAGGAGAUUGGUGGGAAGCCCGCUCCUUGACAACUGGAGAGACGGGUUACAUUCCCAGCAAUUACGUGGCUCCAGUUGACUCUAUCCAGGCAGAAGAGUGGUACUUUGGAAAACUUGGCCGAAAAGAUGCUGAGCGACAGCUUUUGUCCUUUGGAAACCCACGAGGUACCUUUCUUAUCCGUGAGAGUGAAACCACCAAAGGUGCCUAUUCACUUUCCAUCCGUGAUUGGGAUGAUAUGAAAGGAGACCAUGUCAAACAUUAUAAAAUUCGCAAACUUGACAAUGGUGGAUACUACAUUACCACCCGGGCCCAGUUUGAAACACUUCAACAGCUUGUACAGCAUUACUCAGAGAGAGCUGCAGGUCUCUGCUGCCGCCUAGUAGUUCCCUGUCACAAAGGGAUGCCAAGGCUUACCGAUCUGUCUGUCAAAACCAAAGAUGUCUGGGAAAUCCCUCGAGAAUCCCUGCAGUUGAUCAAGAGACUGGGAAAUGGGCAGUUUGGGGAAGUAUGGAUGGAGAAAGCUGAUGGGUUGUGUUUUAACUUAACUGUGAUUGCAUCGAGUUGUACCCCACAAACUUCUGGAUUGGCUAAAGAUGCAUGGGAAGUUGCACGUGAUUCGUUGUAUCUGGAGAAGAAGCUGGGUCAGGGGUGUUUCGCUGAAGUGUGGCUUGGUACCUGGAAUGGAAACACAAAAGUAGCCAUAAAGACUCUGAAACCAGGCACAAUGUCCCCUGAAUCGUUCCUCGAGGAAGCGCAGAUCAUGAAGAAGCUAAAGCACGACAAGCUGGUCCAGCUGUACGCCGUGGUGUCCGAGGAGCCCAUCUACAUUGUCACCGAGUACAUGAAUAAAGGAAGUUUACUUGACUUCUUAAAAGAUGGAGAAGGAAGAGCUCUGAAAUUACCAAAUCUGGUGGACAUGGCAGCACAGGUUGCUGCAGGAAUGGCUUACAUCGAACGCAUGAAUUACAUCCACAGAGAUCUGCGAUCAGCAAACAUUCUAGUGGGGAAUGGACUAAUAUGCAAGAUCGCCGACUUUGGAUUGGCCAGAUUGAUCGAGGACAAUGAGUACACAGCCAGACAAGGUGCAAAGUUCCCCAUUAAGUGGACGGCCCCCGAAGCAGCCCUGUACGGGAGGUUCACAAUCAAGUCCGACGUGUGGUCGUUUGGAAUCUUACUCACAGAGCUGGUCACCAAAGGAAGAGUGCCCUACCCAGGCAUGAACAACCGGGAGGUGCUGGAGCAGGUGGAGCGCGGGUACAGGAUGCCCUGCCCGCAGGACUGCCCCAUCUCUCUGCACGAGCUCAUGAUCCACUGCUGGAAAAAGGACCCCGAAGAACGGCCCACUUUCGAGUACUUACAGGGCUUCCUGGAAGACUACUUCACGGCCACAGAGCCCCAGUAUCAGCCGGGCGAAAACCUGUGAGAUAGGGGUCAGCAGAGAGGCCAGUCCCAGAGGCUCCGCCCCUCCCCAUUAGCUUUCCAUCCGUAGCCAGCUGCUGGGGCAGCCAGAACCGUCCAGGAUCAGAUUGCAUGUGACUCUGAAGCUGACGAACUUCCAUGGCCCUCAUUAAUGACACGUGUCCCCAAAUCCGAACCUCCUCUGUGAAGCAUACGAGACAGACCUUGUUAUUUCUCAGACUUUGGAAAAUGCAUUGUAUCGAUGUUACGUAAAAGGCCAAACCUCUGUUCAGUGUAAAUAGUUACUCCAGUGCCAACAAUCCCAGUGCUUUCCUUUUUUAAAAAUGCAAAUCCUAUGUGAUUUUAACUGUCUUCACCUGAUUCAACUAAAAAAAAGUAUUAUUUUCCAAAAGUGGCCUCUUUGUCUAAAACAAUAAAAUUUUUUUUCAUGUUUUAACAAAAACCAAUCAGGACAGGUGUUUGUUUUUUUUUCUUUUUUACAAAUAUGAAUACAUAUAAUAUAUAUGUCCCUGUACAUACACCAUGUGGGUGCUAACGUGGAGACCAUGGCCAACCUGGACCACAAGCUUCAGGACCCAGAGUGAGGAUUUUACUGCAAAAUCAGUAGAAAAGCACUGAUGUUAUUCUGAAAAACCAGUGGCCUCAUUUUUGGCUUUUUCAAAGCAUGAAUUUUUUUUUUAAUUUGGAUUGCACUUUUUUGAUUCAUGACUAUACCUACAGAUGGCUGUUAGGUUGACUCUUUUCAGCAGCCCCCGAGCUGAAUUCAUAAAGCCUGUUUCCAAUAUUUGCUUCGACUUACUGCGAUUUGUUCUUGAAACUUAAAAGUGGGCAUAUUUAAGCCAACCAACGGCCAAACUACUACGAAGGCAACUGGAAGAUGGAUACCACGCAAACUUCUUGUAUAAAAAUAUGAAUGCUGAAAUGUUUCAAACUUUUUUUAUUUAAUAAAUCUUGUAACCACAUUUAAAUGGUCUAAAACCCAUAGCAUUGUAGUCAUGGCAACCUGCUAAACUUUCUCAUGCAACUAAAACUUCCAGGAAGGUGAGGGUGGGGGCUGUGCACUUCCCAUUGUAAACUGUUUCAAUGUCCUGUACUGCUAAUGAAAUGACUUUCUGUGUGUCCGAGAGUUCUCCAGUGGAAUAACUAUGCACUACUUGACAUUUCAUGGGGAUGCACACAAAAAAAGUAUUACAUUUUUAGUUGCUGUUUGUACCAACCUUGAAUUACAUGUUUAACAACAACAAAUCAAAAAA